AUGCAGACAGAGAUGGCUGCUCUUGUAGAUAACUCGAAUGAUAUCAAUAGGCGAAAGUGGUGCUCUAUUUCGUACAAGAUUAGAUGUUUCUACUCAAAGGGAGCAUUUCUCGUUCUCUUUUGGAUGUCUCUGAUGACCCUCACUUCUGCCUACUUGUGUUUUGUAAUAUUCAUAAUACUUUUCCAAGAUGAUACUGGAGCAUAUUCUGAGCUUGCGUUGGUUCCAGUUGUGCCGUUCCUCAUAUGUGCCCCCAUUGUUGGUUGGAUUGCAGAUGCUCGCUGUGGUAACUAUAGAGUGUUUAGAGUUGGAGCCUCUUUGUUUUUCUUAGCUACCGUAGUAGGCUGCAUCUGUGUCUUGAUUUUGUUGAAUGUGCCUCCACACAGUAUUGUCUCUUGUGUAGUCAGUGGUGGAAUAAGUCCUGUCGUGUACAUCGUUGGGUUUGUGGGAGGAAUAGCUUGUUUAGUGACUGCUCUGCAGCUUGGAUUGGAUCAAAUGCCUGAUGCUUCUUCAGCUAAUAUCUCAAGUUUCAUUGCCUGGUUUGUGUUCUCAUUGGCUCUUGGGACCUGGACAUUGGACACAGGCUUUAGUGUUUUCUCUUGCUUUAUCCGUAGCCACAUGCAACCUGAAAUUUUUUGGACACAAGUAUUCAGCCUAGUUCCUGUGAUUGCCAUGUCUGUAAUUUGUUGUUCAUUGUUUCUCCUCACUCCAAAAUGGCUAAUUAUUGAGCCCAAUUGUCCUCAGUCUCUGAAAAUCGUCUACCAAGUUCUCAAGUUUGCUGCCAAGCACAAGGCUCCCCUCAAUCGCAGUGCUCUCACAUACUGGGAGGAAGACGUACCUUCAAGAAUGGACCUGGGAAAGUCGAGGUAUGGUGGACCAUUUACUACUGAAGAGGUGGAAGAUGUCAAGACAUUCUUCAAGAUUCUGAUAUUCUCUUUACCCAUUUUCAUAAUUUCAUGCUCACUUUCCCCAGAAGUGUACACGCAAAGUUUGGACGGCUUUACUACCGUUUGUGAGGCUGGACUUAUGUACUCUGUUACUUACUGUCCAACAUGGGUCAUUAUCAUUGUGACAUUAGUGUAUGAAUUUGCUAUCUAUCCUUUGAUUCGAAACCGGUUGCCUAGUAUACUGAAGCGUAUUGGAAUUAUUUCGUUUCUUAUAUUCAUUCUAAAUUCCGUUGAGUUGGUAUUGGCUACUGCUAUUUCCUCAUGCUCUCUGAAUCUUUCACCAUGGUCGGACAUAGCAUAUUCUGUUAUCUUUUCGUGCAUUGUUGUAUUUUUAUUGACUACUAUUUUAGAAUUUGUCUGUGCUCAAUCCCCCUACAAGAUGCGUGGCCUACUGCUUGGCUAUGUAUUGCUGCUUUACUUAAUGUCAAUGUCUGUUGGGGUAAUAAUUAACAUUUGUUUGGAAGCCUGUGUUGGACCAUACUGCCAAAUUACUGAGAAGUCAGUCUUCACUGCACUGAGUCUGGUUGGGUUUGUACUCCACUGCCUCCUGGCUACCUGGUACAAGAGGAGAGUGAGAGAAGAGAACUAUGAUGUACACAGAGUCGUGGAGGAGGUCUACGAUAGAUACCUCUCACAUGCUCAGCAAGUACAUACGUGAAGCACUAUAACCAUAUGGCUGUGUAAACUUAUAU